AUGACGAGUCGAUCCCCAUCCCCCAUUCCGCAACCGCGAUCCCUUGAGCCUUACCACUCUUUACUUACCACAAAGCUCAAUUCACCACAGUGUGACCUGACUCGGCCGAACUGCGAGCGCUGCCGGAAAGCCGGCAUCCAGUGUCGAUAUGACGAGCACCGGAAUUUUGUCAAGGCGUCGCCAUCGAGCUCUGACGGUGCUGAAACCGUGCUUUUCAAUGUGCAGACAUUGUCUCUCGAAGACCAUCCUCGCAUUCCAGAUCUCACACUACUGCCAAAUUACCUUCACAACUCUACGUGUCACGAACAGCAUUACCAGCUGGCCUUGGAUGUGUUACUGCCUGGUGGAAAGCCAUCACCACAAUGUCAAGCCAGAUUUCCACUCAAUAGCUGGAUCUUCAUUGCUCACAAGUUUUACGGGGAGCAUGCUGCGCUUCGCAAGAGCAUUGCGGCAAUCACCCUAAGUGGACUGGGGCGGAGAGAUGGGAAACCAGAGCUCAUGAAGCUGGGGCUGAAGCUUUACGUCGAAGCCCUGGGCGAGGUCAGGCAGAAUCUUCUGGCUAUCUACGGCCACGACUCGGGGGCUUUGGUUGUGGCCGCUCGUUGUUUGGCUUCCUACGAGGUUCUGUACGGCGCCGAGACCGAGAAACAAAAAGGGCUUUCACAGGUCAAGAGCUGGCACGGACACAACCUUGGCGAGGUUGCCCUCCUGACAUCAAGACCAGCAACCGUGUUUGCCAUUGGUCGUGACCAUCAAAUCUUUGUUGAUGGACGCAUGCAACUGACAAUCACCGCCUGCACGACAAGGAAACGCACCUUCCUCAACGAUCAGCAAUGGCGCACAGUCCCAUGGUCCGUGAAGCCCAAGACCUCGCGAGACCUGCUCAUCGACAUCCUCAUCCAGAUCCCGCCCAUACUCGAAGACUACGAUGCCCUGAAGAAGUCGCCUCCCUCAGCACCGCCAGCUGAGGGCGCAGCAAGCCACACAGCUGGGGCGAUAGCAUGGUGCAAAGCAUCAUGCUCCAGCCUGCUCGAGGAAUGCAGCCGCGUGGAAGCGGAGCUCGCUACAUGGUGGGACAAUCACGCACCACACGCGAGCUACGAAGGUCUCCGAGCGCGCGGGUUCGUGCGGCCGACGACAGACGAGCUCGUCUUCACGCACUUUCUUACAGUGUACUGGACGGCCUGCGUGUUCUUGUAUAACACGAUGCGCAUGCUGCGGCUCAUGUUGCAACAAGAUGAUCUCGGUGCGACUGGCACGGCCGGGAACGGAAGCGUUGAGACACGAUUCAACGCAGAAGAGAUGGACAACAUCACUCCCGCACGCAUACAGCAAGCACAGGAGCUGGCAUACCAGCAGAAAGUACCAAACAGCGCUGCAUUGCACAACAUACAUGAAAAAGCAGCGGCACCGGCCGAUGCCAACAAAGACGACGACAAUUUCAGCAAGGGCCCGAGCUUUUCUCAGCUACUAGAUCCCCGCCAUCCAUACACCUACUGUAACCACAUUGCCGAGGCAAUGGAGGCAUUCUUUCAGCCGGAGGCCGGCACAUUCGGGGCCUUCAACGCACCCUUUCCCAUGGGCGCAUCGUUUGGCUAUCUCAUCUCCUGUGGAGAUGACAAGGGUAUGGGCUCGCCAGUAUGGAACAAGACGGUAGGCUAUUUCGGGCGAGGAGAGGUCGGGAAGGCCCUGGAACUGUUCUUGCUGGGGCAUUUGACGCAGUGGCAGGAGGUCGCGCGUUGA